AAGGUGGGUACGAAACGUCAUUAAACGAGAACGUAACGAGAAAAGACGAGACGUUAGCAUCGCUAUCGUUUCCGGUUGCUGUGAUGGCGACGUAUCGUGACAUCGAUAAGGUGAAAUACCUUUGCGAUUGUGGCAAGAAACAUCCAAUUUGUUGGCUUUAUCUAUGUCGACAUUGUUUUAAGCUGCGAUGUGGUGAUUGUCUUCUACAUGAAGUGGAUUCCCACUUUUGCCCCUGUUGUCUUGAAAAUCUACCUUCAACAGAAGCCAAGCUUCGUAAAAAUCGAUGUGGGAGUUGUUUUGAUUGCCCCAGCUGUGGCCAUCUCUUGUCUACUCGAGCUACGAACACUUUUAUUGUCAACCCAGAGGAUCCGACGAAGAAUAUCCCGAAAAAGAUGUACUAUUUAGCUUGUGGAUUUUGCCGUUGGACUACCAGAGAUAUUGGUAUUGGUGACAAACCUGUUGCUACGGGAGGCUGGCAAGAUCUGGAAAGCCCGCAUCUUGAUAGAGUCACUAUGCUUUUAGAAUACUAUAAAAAGCUUUCACUGAAAGAGAACUCUGAAAAAGAACGUGAGAAAUUCAUCAAGAGGCGCGGUCAUAUUUAUUAUACCGAUAAAUUCAGUUUGGCGACCGUAGCUCUGAAACGCAAGGCCUUGAACAGUCCCUCGGCAGCCUUACACGAUGAUGACACGACGGUUCUAGAGAUCGAACCUGCCGAAAUGGUCACUGAAUUCCCCGAACUUGACGAUGAAAUAUUUUCCACUCCGAUUCAGCUGAACAAAAUUACUACUAUCGACCAAAGGCUGUCAUCACCAGAAUUCCAACCAGUCCAGGUGAAUAAUAUGUAUCCCAGACACAAGCAUUUACAAGUGAGGAAGUCUGUCAGGUGUAAGAAAUGUGAUCAUAAUCUCAUCAAACCUGACUACAACUCUGCUUCGACCAAAUUUAAAAUUCAAUCAACUGCCAUGUACCAUGUACCAGAGCUUCGAAUCUCUAACUAUAAUGUAUUUUCUCCAAAGAAAGAGAAAAAAAUUACCCUGACCUUAUCAAACCCUGCUAUUUACAAUAUGGAUAUUGAAUUUAGUCCUGUCCAAGGCGAAGAUCUGUUUUCAACUGCCAAAGUGGACCUGCCUAAAAAGAAGAUUGUUUUGGCACGACGCGAUGAAGAUGCAUUGUACGAAGGUAGCACUUCUCUUGAGAAUGCGUUCGAUGAUGAUCCAGCAGUCAUUGUGUCUCGGAAGCUGAACAAAAUUAUCUUCAAUAUUGGUGUUACACCUGUAAUUUCUGGAGGUGAGGUAAGGGUCGCAUUUGUUAUGCGCCAUUCUUAUAAAAACGUUACUCUCGGUCUCCCGAGCGAAAAAGAAGAGGUGCAAACCGUUUUGUUAGAACAUACAAUUUACGCUCAACUCGGACAAAUCCAGUAAAAUAAAGGACCAUAUGAACAAAUGCCUGAUGCUCUGUAUAUGUUGGCUGGCAUGAAACAAUGUAUAACCAACUUUGACAUCGCAUAGCUUCCAUUAAUAAUGCUAUUUUUUAUGUUGCCAAAAUGUAUAAUUUACCUACCGUUUUGUAUUCGGUAUACACUUAUGCUUCAUUAAGUGAAAAACGUAAUUAUUGCAAAGGACUUAAGAUGAAUAUAAUCGAUAUUAUAAAUGCUAUAAAGGUAAACUGUACGUACGUAGUUCACGUCCCGGUCAAGGGGCCUUUUUUUGUCUUUUGUCUAAAAUGCCUAAGGUAAUCAACAAUAUGUUGAUGGGGCGAUAAUUAUGGUAAUAUCGUAAAAAAAAGAACAAUUCUUUUUGAAGGGGUUUUGGAUUAUUCUUCCAACUGCCGAUUUGUUUACUUAUGACUUCCAUUAAAAUGGAUAUUUUUAAA